UAGCUUAGACCCCAUUCGACUUCGAAGUGACAUAAAAGUGGCUAUUUGCUUCUAAAUCACUUGCUUAUGGUCAACGCCAGUUUCUCACCCCUCGGUCUUGUCUGAUCCCCUUCUUGGGGAAGAGAUAGAUAAGACAUUAUUUUCAGUCACAAACGCCAUUGGAACAUAAAUCUCAGUCAUGCUUUCACCAACUUCUUUCGCUGUCCCAAGACAGGCUCCGCCGGUGAGACCGUCUCGGUCGCUCGAGGGACUGGAGAAAGUUGUUCCUCCACAUACUUCUCAACAUCCUGCUCACUCUGCACUACGGUUGGAUAAGCCUCUCCCCGAGCUACCUGCGAAACCACUACCCUCAACACCCUCAACAGAGGGCUCAACGGCAUGGAGCGACGAUAGUAGCACAGAUGUCAGCAUCGAGACUCGUCGCACGUCUGAUGCGUCAACGGAUAGCUACACGGUUUUUGUACGUUCGCCUUCGGAUGACCUGGCCGAAUUUGUCGAGCAUUCUCCUGUUCCUAGUAUAGAUCGCUCGCCUCAAGCGAAGCCUUAUAGUAAACCAGGACCAUCACCUUUAGCACUCACUACAUCCUCCGAUGAUCAACUCGAACAUCGGCCUUUUCUAACAGGGAAUCGAACAGCCCCUAAUCAUUAUUUUAGAGAAAAAAAGUGGGAUUUCUUUCCUGAGCUCGCUACACCAUCAGAGCUACCACAUGGAUAUCCUAAGUUUCCGACUACACCUCGGAGGCGCAACAACAGCCGGUUGAACCUAGCAGCGUUCGACUUUACGAAGAAAAGCCCCCGAUGGACUGCACCGGAUAAACGAGCACUUGCUCAUGACGUGCGAAACUCUAUCCGCUCUUACGUACAACGAAGGUUGUCCAAGCACUCGGCUGAUAAGACCAAGCCUAAGCGACGACCACGACCAUCGACAGCUCCCUCUGAGUUGCCGGAAGAAUACAGAUCUGCCCAUAAAACUUCUUCUAGCAACUACUCCAACUAUUCUGAUCGCGGAAGCACAGGGCUACAGGAGAACUUUCUUGAUCUCUCCGAUGAGCUUAAGCGGCUGUCGGUGUCCACCCUUUCGAGCCUGGACGAGUACGAUAAAUCAACACACAUGGUAACGUCCAAUCAAAAGAAACAUCCAGUUCUACCAAUCUCUGCCUACCAAAAGCACGGGUCAGCCAUGUGGGAAAGAUCCAUGCGUGAGAAGAGGAUCAGUUACCGGCAAAGGGGCAACGUGAGAUUUCCCAGAUACCGAAAAAAGACCACAUGCCGCCGACCUGAUUCACCUUCAAGAGACACCCCGCCAGCGUAUUCUCCGCUACAGCAAAGCACACGUUUUUGUGCAAGGGUGUUGCAAGAUGGAACGAGUUAUGUCCUGGUAGCGCUGGACGGAGCAAGGCAGAAGAUCAUCCAAGCUAGAGUCGAUCGAAGACGAAGAAAUCUGAAAUCUAAGAUCCGACUCAUAGGCCCGGUUAACCCAUAUACGACCUAUGGGCGGGUUGACCCCUGGAUAUGACCGUACCUAUCCUGUUGGAUUGGUAAACU